AUGUCGCUCAAGUAUGGGCUGAAUCUGAAGAAAGGAGGGCCACCUCCGGUUCGUAAGACUAUACUGGACGACGAAGACGAUGGCGAGGAGGAAGAGCCUCAAACGGGCGGAGCGGCAGUAGAAGAGAUUAGCACGUUCGGCAGCAAUGGACGGGCGGCACCAGCACGGAAACCGGGAGCAUCGUUACCUGGAGCUCCAUCGCCACGCAGAAAACCAAAGGAGGAAGAAGAGAUAGACCGGCAAGAUCUGUCCUCCGCCAAAGCUUCAAAGGCGAAAGUGCAAGCCGCGGCUUCUCUGGACCCCACCAUCUUCGACUACGACUCCUUCCAUGACGCUAAAACCAGCGUGAGCGAAGCCCAGAAGGCCGCGGCCAAGCAGGACGCCAUCGAUCGGAAGCCGAAGUACAUCAACAACCUGCUCGAUUCUGCGGCACGUCGGAAGCAGGACCAGCUCGUUGCACGAGAGAAACUGCUGCAGAAAGAACGCGAGGCAGAAGGUGAUGAGUUCAAGGACAAGGAAAAGUUCGUCACAGGGGCGUACAAGGAGCAACAAGCGGAGGCGAGGCGGAUAGAGGAGGAAGAGGAGAGGAAGAAGGCCGAGGAGGAAGAAAGGAGAAGGAAGGGUGGGGGCGGAAUGAGUGGGUUCUAUAAGGGCAUGAUGGAGCAGCAGGAGAAGCAACAUCAGCAGGCUCUGGAAGCGGCCGCGAAGAUGGAGAAAGACUUGCAGGAAGGUGGGGUGAAGCGUAGCGAAGACAGCAUGGAGAAGAGCGGAGCGGAAGUUGCGGAGGAGGCGCGGAAGAGGGGCGUCAACGUGCAUCUCAACGAGGAAGGGCAGAUCACUGAUAAGCGGGCCUUGCUUUCUGCUGGUCUCAACGUUGGAUCUAGUGGGAAAGCAAAGGAUGACAAAGGCGCGGAUCAUCUGCGCACGUCUGCUCGACCAGCGCAGUCUGCGUUCCAGAAUCGUGCCGAUGGAGGCAAGCAAGCCAUGCGCGAACGGCAGAGUAGAAUGAUGGAGGAGCAGCUUGACGCACAGGCGAAGCGAGCUCGCGAGGAGGAGGAAGAGGAGCGCCAGAAGCUGGAAAAGACUGCGAAGAGUGCGAAGACCGAGAAGGAUGUUGGAGACGCGAAGGCGCGUUAUCUUGCGAGAAAGGCUGCCAAAGCGAGAGGGGAGAGCUGA